UCGGUUGAAGCUGUCUUCGAAGCUAAAAUCAGAAAAACCCGACGUGCGCGGGCGAUUUUGCUUCUUCUUCUUUUUCACUCUCUCACACUCAGUUCAUUUCCGAUUCCCAAAUGAAAAAUUAAAACCCUAGAAAUUUCUCAGUAACAAUGGGGAAUUGGUUUAACAAAGAACCGCCUCCGCCGGUGGUUCUCGUUCCUCCUCUCUUCGAUUUCCCUCCUAUAGCCGCCCGUUCCAGGAUGCUGGAAUCAUCCUAUAAUAUUUUGUUUGGGAAGCUAGCUUUGAAAUGCUUAUUCGAAGAUUUUUUUGAAAAAGCUAGACAUUUUAAUACUCUUAUUAUGUUGAAACCGAUUGAUGAUCCUCAUGUUGAUUUAAUGGCAACCGCUUCAGGUCCACUUGAUCAUAAACCUAAAGAGAAAAUUGCUGGAAACGCGUUAUUUCGUUGGCAAAGCGAUGUGGAUGAUCCUCAUACAUUCAUGGACCUUUUCGUAUCAAACUCUGAUCCUGUUUUACAGAUGAGGUCAUGUGCUUACUAUCCUAGAUAUGGGUUUGGGGCAUUUGGCAUUUUGCCAUUGCUAUUAAAGAAAAGAGUAACUGCUGAAGAUUACGGUGUUAUGGGACUGAGAUAUGCCUCAGGAAAGUUAUCAGCAGGAGUCACAGUUAUGCCUUUCGCCAUUAAAGACCAAUUACCAAAGAGUGCAUGGCUAGUAAGCAAGUUGGGAAGGUUGACUGUUGGGGUUCAAUAUGAGCCACAAUAUGGAAGGAAAGAUGACAUGAAAUAUAAGGAUUUAUUGAAUUGGAGCUGUGCAGCUGGUUAUGGAGUAGGAUCAGGCAGUCCCUUGAGUCCGUCAUUUAAUUUUUGCCUUGAACUUUCCAAAAGUUCUCAGUUCAACGCGUCAUUCUAUCAACAUGUGGUGGUCCAAAGGAGGGUGAAGAAUCCAUUUGAAGAAAGUGAAGUAGUUGGAAUAACAAAUUACAUUGACUUUGGAUUUGAAUUACAGACAAGGUUGGAUGACGCCAAAACAUCAAACAACAUUCCUGAUUCCACCUUUCAAAUAGCUGCAUCCUGGCAAGCCAAUAAAAACUUCUUGCUGAAGGGAAAGGUGGGACCUCUCAGCUCAUCACUGGCUCUCGCAGUGAAGUCCUGGUGGAAACCUUCAUUUACUUUCAGCAUUUCAGCGACUAGAGAUCGCAUUUCUGGAACUACCGCUUAUGGAUUUGGCCUCCGUGUAGAAAAUAUGAGAGAAGCCAGUUAUCAAAGAGCUGAUCCAAAUUUUGUAAUGCUAACACCAAACAAGGAGCACCUAGCAGAGGGCAUUGUUUGGAAGAUUGGAGCAAGACCAAUGCUAGAGUCAGACAUAAAUGCCGGAAAUUUUGACCGGUUGCCAAAGGAAUUGAGACCCCAAGGAAGAAUGUUAUGUGGGACCUGCCACGGCCUUUGUGGUAACCCCUCCUCGGAAGUUACAGUCCGAUGAGUUGGCUACGGUACGUCUUUUUCAAGAGAAUACUCCCUCUGUUGUUUACAUCACCAAUCUCGCCGUCAGGCAGGAUGCUUUUACAUUGGAUGUGCUGGAGGUACCGCAAGGAUCCGGGUCGGGUUUCGUUUGGGAUAAAGAUGGUCACGUUGUUACCAAUUAUCAUGUGAUACGCGGUGCUUCUGA